CGUUGUUCGUACACUGGGUACGGUGUAUCGCCUGGGUGGACAGUAUAGUUACUUCAACAUUAAAUGGAAUAAAAUGCCGCGGAUUCGUGUAAAUAGAGACGUCGUUUCAGCGUAAUUAAUUAACGGUUCUUGAUUAAGACGAGUCACCCCGGGAGCCGUUGCCAGACAGCCCUAUUUUCGGGUUUUAAAUCAGCAAUAUUUCAGGGAGAGCAGUGACGUGCGCCUCACCACAACAGCUGCAGGGAAGUUUGUUACUUUUGUCCCUGUUGAACAGACGAUGAACUGAGGACCUUCAUUCCUCAACUCAACACAUCUCGGCAGCAUCCACACUUCACUCUCGCUCCCUGUCAGCAAAAAGGAGUCGACGACGUCGCCACAUCUGGGCAGAGAAAUGUGUGUGUGCGUGUAUCCUCGGAUGCAUGACUGUGUCUGACUGGUUUUGGAUUAAAGUAAGAGGUCGUAGGCUGCACUUCCUCUCUCACCUUCUGAGAGGCACUUCUCCACUUGACUGACUACGACUUUCGUCUUCACAACUGCAAAGCAUCAUGGGUAGGAAAAAGAUUCAGAUCCAACGGAUCACCGAUGAAAGGAACAAGCAGGUUACAUUCACAAAGCGAAAGUUUGGCUUAAUGAAGAAAGCCUACGAGCUGAGUGUAUUGUGUGACUGCGAGAUCGCUCUAAUCAUCUUCAACCACGCGAACAAGCUGUUCCAGUAUGCCAGCACUGACAUGGACAAGGUCUUGCUCAAAUACACAGAGUACAACGAGCCUCACGAGAGCCGGACCAAUGCAGACAUUAUUGAGACCUUGAGAAAGAAAGGCUUCAAUGGUUGUGACAGUCCAGAGCCGGACGGUGAAGACUCCAUCGACCAAAGUCCCCUAAAUGAUGAAAAGUACCGGAAGACCACAGAGGACCUGGAUGUUCUCUUCAAACGCUACGGACAGUCAACAGCUCCGCCCCAGACGUUCUCCAUGCCAGUCACAGUCCAGUCGUCCAAUCAAAGCACACUGCAAUUCAGUAACCCUGGCAACGCACUGGUAACUACCUCCUAUGUAACAUCAUCGUCGCUCACGGAUACCCACCUCCUGUCGCCACAGCAACCGGCUCUUCAGAGAAAUACGGUGUCUCCUGGGUUGCCACAGCGACCAGCCAGUGCAGGGGCUCUUCUUGGAGGCGACCUGAAUAAUUCAAACGGAGGAUGCCCUAGUCCAGUCCCUAAUGGAUACACCAGUGCCAGGGCCUCCCCAGGCCUCCUCACUGUUUCCAACGGCAACAGUCUGGGGAAAGUAGUUCCGGCCAAGUCUCCACCCCCACCUCCCAGCCCCCAGAUGGUCAACAGCCGCAAGCCAGACCUCCGAGUCAUCACCUCACAGGGCGGAAAGAGCCUCAUGCAGAUGACAGAGGAUGAGCUGGAAUUGGUAAACGAGAACGCCCAGCGGCUGGCAGCAGGAGCUCAGGUGGCUCAAACCCUCACCACACCGGUGGUCUCUGUGGCCACACCGAGCCUCCUGGCACAGGGGCUGCCCUUCUCCGCCAUGCCCACAGCGUACAACACAGAGUACCAGCUGACCAGUGCAGACAUUACUGCUUUACACGCUCUGGCAUCACCUGGCGGCUUGUUGCCAACCAGUGUGUCCACAUGGCAACAGCAGCAGGCUGUUUCCCAGCAACCGCAGCAACAACAACAACAACAACAGCAACAGCAGCAGCAACAACAACUUAAUCUUGCAUCACUGAGCAACUUGGUCAUGUGGGGCGUGGACAAACAGAGCAGCGAGCUGUCUAGCCAGGUGUCCAGUCUGGCUGCCAAUCUGAGUGUUGGCUCUCCGUCCAACCUGCUCUUGGGUAGAGAUGAGUGGUUGGGCCGGCCUGUGACCCAUAUACCUCAAGGCGCCAUGCUGACCGUCAACACGAACUCCAGCGUGAGCAUCAAAUCGGAGCCUGUGUCGCCAGGGCGGGAUCGCAGCACCCCUUGCCCUCCUCCAUCUUCUACCACGCCGUCCUCGACCUCAGGAGGAGCCAUCCUGACCGCACCGCCACAGUACCCCGGCUCCCUGCUGUGCCUGGAGCCCCCGACCGGCCGCUCGCCUGCGGACAGCGUAAGCAGCAACGCCAGCUCCUUCGAAGGCAGCGACCGCGACGACACCGGCACAGCUGGUGGCGGAGGUGCAGGUGGAGGCGGCGGCGGUGCUACAGGAAGCGGCGGCAGCGCCGGCCGGUCCGUGCCACCCGACUUCAGCCCCUCGGCCGAGCUCCUCAGGGCGUCGAACGAACCGGAGCAGGAGGGAGGAAACAUCAAGCGCAUGAGAUUAGACGCGUGGGUCACAUAGAGUCACUGUCCACAUCUCUCUGCACCCACAGCAAAGUUUUGGUGACACUUAAAAACCCACAACACACACCCACACUCAUCCUUAACCCCCCACUGCCCCAAACCCCACUGCCAUGUGACACUAUCAUCACACAUCUGCCUCUGUCCAAAAUUAUACAACUCAGCUGCGUCACCCAGACUUUUGAGGCUUUGCCAAAAAAACAUAAAAAAAUGUAAAAUGGUUUGGGGGAAUGACGCUCUGAGUGAGGAGAGGAUGGCUUAGUGUUCAGCUGGAUAUUUUGUCCCUGGUAGGCCCUUGAAUAUAGAGGGACAGUAGAUUUUUAAAGCCUUCUUGCUUGAAUGGACUCCCGUAUAGUAAUUUCUUUUGGUAGAAAUGAGGUGUUAAGCCUUUUUUGCAAUCUGACGAAACCAUAACAAACAUUUAUAUUUCACAUGGUUUCUGCAUAACCUUCAUGUAUUUACAUCGAGCUCUGCUACAUUGUUCACAAUGUGAUUGGUGGCUUGUCGGCAUUAUGGGACUUCUGCCAUAUGACUCACCACUUCCUGCUCUUUUGAAAUCCAACGUCGUUUGGAUUGUGUGCUGUCCAUUCUUCCAUAAGUCACUUCCAAACUGCACUUUUGGAUAUAACUUAGUUUGGACAAGUUUGAGGACUGAGCAUCUAUCUGGCACUGAGAAAACAGACUCACAGGGGUCUUCUAGGUAAGAAUACUUCACCAUGGAUGGUUCUUUCCGCUGCCACAUUUACCAACCUCAGCCUAACAGCCCCUCAGGUGGCACUCUGUGGCUGUGGAGUCGAGGACCUUGCCAGAGUGCCAAUAUCAACCUCUCAUCAACAACAAAAAAAUGCCAAAUGCCUCUCGCACACGGUGCAGGGACACUGACGAAUUAUCACUCGCACUGUCACGGAACUUGAAACUGUUGAUGCUUUUCAGGCUUCGAAUCCGCCGCCGCUCUCUCCUCAGACCGGGUGCUCCUCCCCGUCCCGUGUCACCUCAUCUCCUCUGGAACUUGGAUGGACAUUGUUUGCGCCCAAAAUCCAGCCAGUCACUCAGUUUAUUAACCAGGAGUAGAUGCCAUCCAGUUAAAUGCAUAGUAUGAGUUUUUUUGAGCUGGUGGCUUUUUUUUUUUGGGUAGGGAAGUAUUUGGUUCUUUCAGUCCAAGUGUUCUUUAUCUGUUGGUAUUUUGGAAAAAAAAAUCUGUUUUGAAGGUCCGUUAGUUGUCCAGAAGUAGGAAUUCUGACUUUGUAUAAAAAUCACUCCUUAUACAAAAGCUUUGUGGUCCUCUUUAGCUCUCUCUAGCUCUCCUUAGCUCUUUGCUGUGUUUCAAAAAGUGAAAGGAAAAAAUACAUUUUCUAUAUUUCUACUGCUUCAGUUGGCGACAAAGUAAAAAUAGCUUUUCAGCUUCAACGACGUGUAUGUACAUAUGAAUAUAUUUGCAUAGACUUUGCUAGGUAUCCCUAAAAACAAGCAAUGUGUUGAUUCUCAGUGGAUCUGUUUGCAUAUAUGAGUGUGAAUUUGAUAUGUUUCGAGCUACGGUGCAGGGGCUUCGCCACACUAGGUAGUGCUGGUGGAUCGGACUCGUUUCAGUAAACCUAUUUUAUGCUAGUGUUGAUGGUGUGUGCACUUUCUGUCCCUCACUCACAGAGGCCUGCUUGGUUGUGGUGUCAUCAUAUUCUCCUACCACACAUUUUUAAAAACCCACAAUCAAAGUAAAACUUGUCCAUAACCACCUUACCAUGAAAAGAUUAGGACACUGCCAUUCACUUAGUGUAGUUAAGAGAUAAAAUGCACAUCUUUGACACAUUUUGAUUGACAGAAUCAUGUAAAGUCUUUUCCACAUUAAGCAGACACAGAUUAUGCCUUUUUUUUUUCACUUUUGAAAUCAAGUCAAGAAAUUGGCUAACAAGUGCUGUGUUUGUUGUUUAAUUGUAUGUUUUCUAGUACAAAUUUGUUUUGUCUGAACCAUUUCAAGUUUGUGUAUGAGUGUGUAUACGCAGCUUGUUUAUAUAAGGUUUCUCCUGAUCGCUUGACCUUAUUUUUUUUCUUUUUUCCUUAAGACAAUGCUCAAUGUUCAGACUGGUGUUGUGCUGCUUUAACGACUUGGUGUCGUUUGGUGCGAUUAGUCGCAGCCCACAUCAGAGUGUGAAACCACCCGACACUGUGGGUUUGUGGCGAGUGUCCGGAAAAAACAUCCUUGUGCUGUGUGGUAUUUCCCACCAGUGUUGUUGAUGUUUUUACAUGAUCAGGUGAUUUUUUUUUUUCCGUCCCUCAUUGACAGUAUGGUGGGUAGCUUUUCACUCUUUAGGUUAGUAUUGUUUUCUUCUGUCAGUCAUCCCUAAACAAUUUAACAUCCAACACUUUGAAUGAACUCACGUUGGAGACGAUUUGUCCCUUAAACCAUUAAAAGGAAUAGUUCUACAUUUUGGGAAACUCACUUAUUUGCUAACUUUGCAAGAGUUCAGAACCUCUGCAGCUCAUCUAUAAUGCCGCGUUUAUCAUUUAGACUGUAACAAUCGACCAUCUUUUCCAUCCAAAUUUACAUUUUAGUACAUUUUAGACAAAUUUAGAGAAAAUCUGCAUAAGAAAGUGAAUUAAUGUGCAUUUUCAUUCAAUACUGUUAUGCAAAUAUUAGGAGUUGGUGCUAUUAAAUCAGUUCAGAAGAAGGCGGCGCAAUGAGAUGCUAAAAUAAAACAACAUGAUGUUCAGUAUUUGUUAGAGAACUAUUACAGCCUCCUUAUCGCUCCACACUAAUCUGAUGUUUUCUCUCGCCGCAAUGUUUCAUCUCCUCAGUGGAGAAGAAGCUCGAAUGAGAAAUGAAUCACGUUUCAUAUACAUCACAAUUAAGUUGCACUUAAGUUAAGUUGAAGUGUUUCCACUCAGGUUUUCUAUGCUCAAAUUUCAAAAGUUACAAGCAGUUGAAUUGAAACACACUUUGACACUUCUUGUAGUUCUUUUUUAAAUGAACAAUAACCAAACUGUUAACAAUAAGGGUGAAAAGCCACCAUGACAUCCAAAUAAAAUCCAGUAGUAACACUCAUACAAUCAAUAAUCCAUGAGUUAAUAAAGGGAUUAAAGUAUUUCUUGAUUCAGGCUAUUUAAAUGAUGUGACUACAAGGCUAACAAUGGGGGUAACCAUCUUGGUAUAAUGUGGAAACCUGGUCGGAAAAAUGAGGUUUUCGUGUUGUUCACACAUUGGGUGAAUGCAGCAUAAAGUUUCCGAGUCAUUUUUAGACUAUAAACCAGAUAUAAAGGUGUUAAUUAGCUUUAAGUGUUUGCUCUGGUUUCCAGUCUAUGCUAAGCUAACCGGCUGCAGGCUGUAGCUUCUUGAGAGCGGUAUUAAUCUUAUCUAACUUUCAUGAGAAAAGCAAAUAAGCGUAUUUCCAAUAAUGUUGAAAUAUUCCUUUUUUAAAGAUCCAACUGAUGAGCAGUACCAGCCUUCAGACAGAGCUAACAAUCUCCUGCUUUUACCACACAGUCAUUUCCAUUUUUAAAACAAAACAACAACAACUAAUUUCUUUGGAAACUCUUUGUGAUUGUGGGCGCCGAUGGUCGACUGAAAUGUGACACCACACCGAUUGGCUUCAGCACCCUGCUUCACGCAGGUUUGUUCAUGUACAAAAAGGUUCUCUGUCCAAUCUAGCAGUGUAGUCACGAGACAAUCUAUAUGAGAAAUGAAAACCUGCACCCCUGUUACCCGUUGUGUACAAUGUUUUUUAGAAUCUCACUAUUUUUGGAUUAAUUUGUGCUGGUGACAGUUCCAUUGUCUAUUAUUAUGAUGAUAUUAUUAUGGAGCUUUUAUUUUAUUGCUAUUUUGUGUAGGAUAGUCAACUGUUAUUUUCUCUUAUUUUAUCUUCCUUAUCAUAAACAUAUAGUACUGGUUUCCUUUUUUUAAACAACUUGCUGAAAAUUGCACGAUCAGUUAUUGUGGUAUUAGCAAAUGCAAUGAAGGAAAUACCAGUUAAAUGCUGCAAUUUUAAUUAAGAUAUAGAAUAUAUUUAUAAAAACGGGAAACAACUGAAAUUAGUAAUUCAUGAAAUUUGAAAAAUGUAAAUGCAUGGGAUACAGGUAACAACAAAACUUAUGUUACAUACAGUAAUGAUAAAGGACAUGCAUCACAAAUGAGUUUUAAAACAACUCAGAAUAAUGUAGCAUAUGAAAUACUAAAGAUGAAAUUUAUAGCUAAUAUAUUGUGUUGAGCUAGUCUGCUUUGGGUUUUUGUUGUAAAGAAAAUAUUUCUUUUUGUUGUUUUUUGAGAAUGAUAUACAAUUUGUGUAUAUUUUCAUAUACAAAGUAUGCACUGAUAUGUUAUUGAAAUUCUAUACCGCUUUUACAAAAAAGUGUUUGUUGUACCAAAGUAUCCAAGUCCCUUGAGACCUUACCCUUUUUGCGUAUGUUUUACCGUAUUUUAUAUAUUAAAUAGACAAACUGAGUGAAAUGAA